AUGCGGCUUGUGGUGUGCAAGGGGAUUAUCUCCGGUUGUGUCAGCAUUGCCUACCACAAGGGCGAGGUGGUUCUGGCGGAUGCUGUGGGCUUGGCGGAUGUGGAGCGUGGCAUCCCGUUUUCAUUCGACACAUAUUGCCGCAUGUACUGCGCCACCAAGCCAUUCAUUGCUAUUGCGGUGUUUCGGCUGGCAGAAGCUGGCAAGUUGGACCUGAACGACCGCUUGGACAAGUACAUCCCCGAGUUUGGAAACGUCCUCGUUCAGCCGGAAGGUGCAGACGCGCCUGUCGCGGCAAAGCGCCCGAUCCUGUUGAAGCAUCUCCUUUGCCACUGCUCAGGAAUUGCUUAUGCCCCGGAUGUGGACGAGACUAUUGAGGAUGAGAGUUCACGGGCCUAUCUCCAGCUACAGCAAGAUGUGCAACAGAAGAGGAUCACUUCACUCGCCGAUUUCGCGCGAGGCAUUGCUAGAGUUCCUCUCUCAGAUCAUCCCGGGAACUCCUACUGGUAUGGAUUUUCCUUCGAUGUGCUUGGAAGAGUGUUGGAGGUCGUCGAGAAGAAGAGAUUGGACAAGGUUCUGAUCGAGACGGUCUUUGAACCUCUCGGCAUGAAGCAUACCAAGUGGGCUGUUCGAAGAGACGAGCUGCACAAGCUUUCUGCUUGCUAUGCUCAUAAGCCAACCUGGAAGAAGCUGUACGGGCAGAAGGGCCGCAUGCCAAGCGCUCUUCGCCCAAGCCUUGUCCGCAUUGAUGGCAACAGGGCGCGUCAGAGCCAUUGGCUGCAGGGACAAGAAUGCCGAGUUCAUUCUGGUGGCGGCUUCAUGGGCUACCUGUAUGGCGGCCUAGUCAGCACAGUUGCUGACACGGCACGCUUUGUCCGCAUGCUGAUGCGGAAAGGGAAGUUGGAUGAUGGGCAAAGGUUUUUGAGCUCCUCAUCUGUGACCGCGAUGGAGAAGAAUCGCAUGAAAGAAGGGGUAGACCCAGUCAACUACCUUGGCAACAUCGGAACGUACCGCAAGAACGGCACAGAGUAUGGAAUGGGUGGUGCUGCCUGCACCAUGGCUCAGACAGUGCCAGACAGUCGAGCACUUGCUUUCUCCUCGAGCUGCUCGGGUGCUCUUUGGGUGCCUUUGCUAGAGAAGGCAUGGGCCCGGAUCAACGGUUCCUUCCAGGCAGCAGAGCGCGGUGAUUCCGCGGAGGCACUGGCCGCACUCACCGGGGCACCUGCCAAGCACUACCGCCUACAUCCUGAAAGUGCCGGAAAUCAAUGGGGCGUCUCCUCGUUGCUGUCUGCGUACAUUUCGCCAGGAAACUGGGCCUCGUGGGCAGGCCUUGGGAUCUCUUCCCUCUUCUGGGGACGAGCUUACGAGAGGGAGCCAGGAAAGCCAUGGGAUCUCCCUCUGCAGCCUGCCAAGCAUCGGAGACACUGGAUGCGACAUGCCUUUGCAAUGCGGAUGCUGCCCUCCUUUGCUUUGGUUGUUGCGGCAAGUUCCAUUGAUUGUAAUCAACGCUGGCAUCAGGAGGACUUGACAGGGCUCUACCUGCGGCUCUCGCAGUGGGACCGCGAAGGAGUCAAAGAAACUCACAACUUCUACGAUGUGUUCUCUACUUUCAUCCUUCUUGCACGAGGAGCGUCGUUUGCACGCCUGCCUUCUUUAGAAGAGGAGGUUGAGAUGGGUCAAGCCGCACGAGCACGUCUUCUGGAUUCCCUGGCCCGCUUAGGUGGCUAUCCUGAGCGCUGCGGCAUUUGCAUAGCAGCGGAGGACACGGUGUCCGAGGGCAUCGACAGUCGCUUCCGAAUCGGUACUGUUGCUCGAGCAUCCUCGUUGGACCCUGCGGUAGGCCAGCACGUGAAGCAAAGACUUCCCGCUGGCAAAUAUUGCCAUGCACUGGCCUUGGACAGGCGCCAUUGGGAUGACCUGCACGUAUCCCCACUGGAAAUCCAGGAGAUGUUCGCCAGGGAUGUCGUCCAUGGCCGACAGGUGCUGCUGCUGCGUGGCCCUUCUGCGCCUGAAGACGGCGAGAUGCGAGCCGCACUCCGCUUUGCCGCAUCUGUGCGAGCAGUGACUGUCAGUACUUCGAUGCUUCUCGGAGCUCUCGAUGAGAUGAUUGCUGACAUGGCUGGUCUGCUGGUUGGUAUCGAUCUCUUACUGCUUCUUGGCCUGCCCACUGGCUUUGGAGCACUGUUGGCCGUGGAGCUCAGCUGCCGGUAUUCUGUGCAGGCACUGGAUGUGGGGCAGUUGUCCUUGACAGCACCGCCCGGGAAGAAGUCGGCCGCUCCUCUUACGACGUUGGGCAGCAGCGGCCAGACCCCGCAUUGGGCGCCGCAGCUGCGUCGAACAGUCGCGCAACACAUUUCUUUGAAUGGUCUGUGGGAAGUCCAAAUUACAACAGACACCGCCAGACUGCAAGACUUGGUUGAAGGAGCUUGGCGAACAAUCGAAGUGCCCUUUGCACCGCAGUCUCACAAAGGUUUGGCCACGAAGGUUUCUGCGUCGGAGGCGGUCUGGUACCGCCGGAUGCUGCAUGUGCCCGCGAGCUGGUGCGCUGGUGUGGGGGGAACAAUUUGGCUUCAAGUGGAUGCUUGCGACUGGGAAUGCGCGGUCUACUUGGACUCUCAGCGACUUGGGAUCCACCGGGGCGGCUACGACGCUUUCCGCCUGGAGAUUCCCACGCUGUCCGCUUGCUCCAACAAGGGCACCCCUGAGGUCAAAACACUGCUGGUCCGGGCUUGGGACCCGACGGAUGAGGGCUGCCCAUUCACAGACCACCCUCCGAUACCUUGUGAGAGUUGCUGCGAGAGUGGCUGGCAGCCACGAGGCAAGCAAGCACUGAAGCCUGGUUCCAUCAUGUACACAGCGGUGACCGGCAUUUGGCGGCAAGGCAUUUUUCUGGAGCACCUUCCUGGCUGCCACAUCCGGAAUCUGCAUAUCAGGGUAUACAAGGAUGCGCCUCGCAAGCUUACUGUCGCCGCGGAAGCGACAUGUGAGAAGCAGCUUUACUUGGAGGUGCACGAUCUGGAGGGCAAAAACCUCCUUGGAGUUGCCCGCGGCCCGUGCUGUGAGCUGCACGCGGAGCUCGAACAGCCAUUGCAGCUUUGGUCACCCGAGGAGCCCCAACGAUACGAAGCUCACUUAUCGCUGGGUGCCGACGCGGACGUCGACACUGUGAUUCGACGCUUCGCACGGCGAUUUGUUGCAGUCAAAGAUGGUCGCUUUCUGCUCAAUGAUCAGGUCCUAUUUGUGCAUGGGGUGCUGUAUCAGGGCUACUGGCCGGAGUCGUUGCUCACCCCGCCGGACUCGGGAGCCAUCAGCCGUGACCUCGAGAUGGUCAAGGCAGCAGGCUUCAACACGGUUCGGGUGCACGCUGUGGUCAUGGGGGAAGCUUUCUACGAUGAGUGCGACAAGCUCGGCCUGCUCGUAUGGCAGGACAUGCCAGCAGGUGACAUGCGUGCGAUGCCAACGUGGUCAGAAGGACGUGCUGUCGCCGAGGAAGAGAUCGGCACAGAAGCGCAGAGGUUGCAGGUUCCCGUUCCGCGGACGCUUUUUGAUGAGAUUCGGCGGUCACACGACAGUCGAAGAGCCUUUGAAGCUGAGCUGCAGGCCAUGGUGGGAGCUUUGUCGCACUUCGCUUCUGUAGCUGUCUGGGUGCUCUUCAACGAGGGCUGGGGACAAUCUAACACGAAGGCGUUGGUGCAAUUUCUGAGGGACCUUGACCCAAGUCGGCUGAUCGAUGCCAAUAGCGGAUGGAAUGAAGUCGAAGGUGGCCCGUUGGGCGACUUCGCAGAUCUGCACAACUACGAAGACAACUCGUCAAUCUUCGGGCCACUUGCAGUGAGCUUCCAGAACUUUGCCGCCUGGGGCUACACUGUUGGAGGUCGAGUGCCAGCCCUAGGUGAGUAUGGCGGCUUGGGAUAUGCAGUGGAAGGCCAUGGCUGGUCUUCCUACAAUUCGUGGGGAUAUGGGGAGAAGCAAGUCAACCGCAGCGACAGCGAAGCUUCGACGCUUCGACCCGAGGAGCAGGACGAGGACACUUUUCCGAAUCCGGUCAGAGCAGCUGGCUCAGCUGACUGCGUUUACGGUAAGGCCAGCUGCCAGGGCAAGAAGAGGAAGCCCCAAGUUCAGCAGGGAGAGGCGGGAUUCUCGGAAGCCUAUGGAACAUUGGUGGCGCAUGGAAAUCCGGAUCACAGCAGGCAGGAUAGCGAGUACGAGGAGCAGCUGUUACAUGGCACAUAUGGCACAUUGUACAGAGGCUACACUGUCUUGGCGGCAAUGGAGGUAGCUGCCGACAAUGGGAAAAGCUGGUUCCGCAAAGAGCGCUGGGUUCGAUUGAGGAACCCAUGGGGGACCGGACGAUGGAAGGGCCCUGCGCCCAAGAAGGGCAGCCUGCCGUUCAGCUCAGCCGUCUUCGAUUGCGUGGGGGAGAAGGUUCGGCGAGGUGUCGAACGGAGCGGCGCCCAGGAGCAGCAGGAUGCUCCCGAAGGCCCGGUGACAGAAACUGACCCGGGAACCUUUUGGAUGCGUUUGGCCGACUUCAUAGAUGAGUUCGCCACCGUUUGCGUCUCCGAGUACCGUCCCGGCUAUGUCUCCAGCAUCUUGCCUGUCAAGCCCAUGCAAACCAUGAGCGGAGCACCAACGCAGGUUUCUGCCACUUUGCGGCUGCUCGCAGCCGCUGAACGCACACACCUGGGCGACGUGAAGCCCUUGCAUGUCGUGAUUUCCGUGUUGCAAGACUCGGAUGAGCUGUUCACCCGGAACAAGCGCAGAAAGUACUCAUCUGCUCGUAUCGAAGUGCUUGAGAUCACAUCGCCACUGGAUUCCGCAUCUCCCACGUCUGCAUGUCAAACCCAGGGAAGCCGACAUGUUGCAUCAUCCGGAUUCGGUGCGCAGCGUGAAGUUCUACUUCCGGUCGAGCUGAAAGCAGGUACACACUACUUGGUGAUUGUCCACUGGCUGCAAGCUGCACCAGUGAGCAGCUGGAACCGCGAGGGCACAUUGCGAGUGUACGCCCCGUGUCCUGCAAGGCUAGAGCACGGCCAGGCUGGCCAAGCCAUGGCUCAGCGAGAGGCCUACGAAGCAGCCGCCAUGGGACCACGCGGUGCUUGCCUCAAGGAAGAACAAGGCGCCCAGCUUCGCUGCUGGAGUGACCGUGAAUCUGGGACUAUCGCUCUUUGCUUUGAUGCCUCAAGCGCCCCAGCCGGGCUGCUGGCAUCUCUGACGUGGAAAUUGCAGAACGCCUUGCUUCAGCCCAACUUCCCAAGCUGUGAGGGAAGCAUUGCAGCGGCUGGUGAAGAGCAACAUACGCAGCUUGUGGACCUGAAGCCAGGACAGCGUCAGCUCACAGUCGUUUCGUGGCUUGAUCCUUCAAAGUCCUUCUCGGCAAACUACUCCUGGCAAGCAACAGCAGACCCAUGCUCAGAAUGUGGUGCUCCAGUCGGCACCAGAGUGCCGGGCCGCUUCUCUGGAGCUUACAGAGUGCUUAGCCCGAGCGAUCCGGGAGGGCCAGCCACUGUACAUGAGGAGUGCUUCGAAAAGUUCUUGAUGCGAGUUGCGCCAAGAUGUUUGCAAUGUUCAGAAGCUAUCGCGCGCAUGCCCGGCCGAUUUUCAGGACAGUUCUUUGCUUACAACGAGAACCAGCUUGGCAAUCAUGCAGCAGGCCAGGUCCACGCAGAGUGCCACGAGGAGUUUCAGAAGAAGUUUGCCAAGAUUUGCCUACAGUGCGGCCUGCCGGUGAUGCAGUUGGCCGGCCAGUUCAGUGGGAAGCAUUUCAAUUACAAGGAUGCACAUUUUGGGACGCAUGGCAGCGGGCCUGUCCACGAGGAAUGCCACCUAGCCUUCCUGCGGAAGUGGGCGCCUGCAUGCUCGCGAUGCAAGGAGCCUCUUGUGGCGCUGCCGGGAAGGUUCAGUGGAAUAGUCUUCAAGCUCACAGGUGGGGAUGGCACCCUACAGGGAGUGGUGCAUGAGGAAUGCUAG